AAAAUACUCUUUCAUGUAUUUGUUGUUAGUUCUAAAAACAGUAGUACUUAAUAUUCUAUAACAAUGAUACAAACUGUAAAAAUAGCCGUAUCUGGUACUUUAGCUUAAGUCACAUAGAAAUCAGGAUGUUUACUCAUAAAAGAGUAUUUUUACACCACAGUAUUGCUAUUUUUAGUGAAUCUGAGUACCUCUUUCACUUCUGUGGGAUUCACUAAGAACCUGUAUUUACAUAAAACCUGUAAAAACUGGUUAAAAAACUACAUUUACCUUCCUCCUCCUCUUCCUCCUCUUCCUCCUCCUCUCUGUGGCUAGGUGUGUCUUCUCACACACACACACACAUGCAGUAAUGCUCUGCUGUCAUAGCAUCAUGUGACCUUGCAGUAGCCAAUCCCUGACCUGCUUGCUCGGUCAACCAAACAUCUGCCUGUGCUGCGUCAGCCAAUCAGAGCGUCAGCCAAUCAGAGCGUCCGCUGAUGCGUCAGCAGGAGCUUUUCUGCUUUGUGUGUUUUCUCCUCUGCCUGCGUGAGAGGAAAUGUGGCUUUUCCUGCGAGGGGAGGGUCUGGAUUAAAACUGAGUCUUCAGAGAAACGCUCAGCUGGUGAAGGAGAGACGAGCGAGGCAGCUGCUAUUCCACAGAAAACAGGUUCACUUCAACAACAACUAGAGAGGGAAAUCCAGCUGGGGAGAGAGGGCCUGAUGGGGGAGGUUUAACGCAGCAUGUCCUUUGGAACGAGGCACAGAGAGGCAGAGACAGGAUUGGUGCCGAGCGUUCAGGACUUUGAUAAGAAGCUCUCUGAAGCAGACGCCUACCUGCAGAUCCUGAUCGACCAAUUAAAGCUGUUUGAUGAGAAGAUCAAGGACUGUAAAGAGGAUGAAUCCCGCAGAAAAAUUGAAAAUCUGAAGGAGACUACUUGUAGCAUGGUAGAGUCCAUCAAGCACUGUAUCGUUCUGCUGCAAAUCGCCAAGGACCAAAGUAACGAACAGCAACACGCAAACGGACUUAUA